AAUAUGAUGUAACAUACGAGAAUUUCAAUUUUUUUGAAUUCUGGAACCAAAAAUUUUUAAAAAUUUGCCAAAAAUCGAAAAAUGCACUUCAGUUUUUGAAAUUCUGACUGGUGAUGUAUUUUGCAUGCUCUAUCAAUAUAGCAUUGAAGUUCCUGCAAGUUGGGAUUUCCACUUUUUCAGAUAAAAUUCCUGUAAAAAUAAUGGGAUUUUCUCACGUACUCACCUUAUGCAAUUGUCUGAUACAUUUCGUCAUAAUUGAGUACAUAAUGAGCUAAAAAAAAUCAAAGACGUGAUAUAGUAUUUCUAUCCAUGACGUCAUCCUACUUCAGGUAAUUUGAAAGCUCAAACCACAUCGUCAAAUCCUACUCCUAUAAAAAGUGAGGGAGAAAUUCGUCAUACUUUUAGAAAUCAUCGUGGUCUUUAAUCAUUCUUCACUUGUAUGCUAUCGUUUCUCGAUAAUAAUUGAUAAAUUUAAUACGAAAUAUUCAUCCGUAUCAGAAGUUCGUUUUUUUUCGUACGCUGUUUUCAAGAUUUCUUCUAGGCAAUUGAGUCACAAAAAUUCUCGUACUCGUAGGUAAUAUUUCAUCUUUUACGCAGUUUUAAGCAGUUUGUGUGAUUUUUACUAGAUUUUAUUUGAAAUGAGUUAUUAAUUUUUCAGUGAACUUCAAUUACUAAGAAUAGAUGGGUACUUGUAAUUGAUCUUUACCGAUGACUAAGAGAAAAAGGGUCUUUAUUUUGCAAAAUAAACAAAUUUCCCUUCUUCUCUCAAAUGAUCCAAACGCGUGAGUGCCUAAAAAAUGUGACGCGGCCAGCGAUACCAUACCAUAUGUCGGAAAACUUUUUUUUGAGAUAAUCGCGUUUUCAUGGAAAAAGUCAGAAAAUAUCAAAAAAAAAUUUUUUGUCGAUUCAUAUACUAUGAAGCCUAUACUUGGGAAUGGGUGUACCCACCGAUCUCAAACACGUCGUUUUAGUGGUGAAAACCCGGUUUUACAAAAGUGCUUUUCAUAAAAAAAUGUCAAAAAAAAAAAAUUUAAAAAAUAUUAUGAUGUAAAACCAUUAAAAGAUGAAGAAAAUCAAAAAAAAAAAAAAAAAAAAUUUAAAAAUGUUACAAAAACAACCCAAACUUUCAAACACGUUUUUCUCAGAAUUUUGGUUUUUGAAUUUCAAAAAAUACGCAACUUUGAAAUUUUGAAAAUUUGUCAGAUUUUAAUAUUUUGAAAAUCUGUUUGCACCAUUGAAAAGAGGAAGAAAAACACUACCAGAAACCACAAUAAAACGAAAAAAUUUUUUGCCGACAUAUGGUAUGGUAUCGCUGGCCGCGUCACAAAUAUUGAAAAAUUUUAAAAUAAGAGUUCGAUUUGAAUUUUCAAUGCAGAACUGAAAUAAAAACUUCGUUAUGGGCCCUAAAAAUAAAAAAAAUCAACGUCCGAGAUUCAAAAAAUCCAAAAUUUUCAUUUUAGAUACUUACAAAUAUAUUUAAACGUCAAUUGACAAUAAUUCAAUACCUAAUCGAUCUGAUCCCCUGAUUCAGUAGACGAUUCAUCCACCAUAUUUUAAUCACUGAUUAAACUAUCUUCAGUUCCUGGUCGUCAACCAAUCAAAUCGUAUCGCCUAUCACAAAUUAUAUAUCUUUGUUCUCACCGACACAUUAAAGUACAUUAUGGUAUCAAAUUGCCUAGUAACCGUGGAUAAAUCACGUGCAGAAUAGAAUGGUCGAUUGCAUAACGAUCGGACAUCCUUCCGAUCGACGUGAAACGCAUGGUAAAUACACUUCAUCGUUAUCGUAUUUUAUAAGUAAAUGUACAUAUAAUACACUCAACUACGUAUGUAGACAAACCUGCAACCAGAGUUGAAAUAAUUUUCGCAAACUCGAGUCCAUAAUUUGAAUGAAUUUGAAUCCUCUUAAAACGCUCAUAUAUGCUUGGAUGUCAAGAACGAAGGCUUAUCAGGAAGACGUAUAUUCCGGUGGGUCGAAUCGUGGUUAUUGAAAAAAAAUGACCUCAGCGACGGAUAAAGAUGACCAACAAGAAUUCGGCACCACCACUACCGCAUGUUUAAGCUGCCCUCCCGAAACAACGCCGAGUAACCGCUGCGAAUCGACCGCCAAUCCAGAAGCCAAUUUCGAACGAGGAGAUUCUUUGGUGGAAAACUUGGCUUCAGCAGCUGAUCCUUGGUCUAGGCAGACAACCAAACGUAGUUCAUCUCUGGUGAACGCUGCUUCGUGUUCGUUAUCAUACGGUACACUCACAUUAGAAGAUCGAUCAGCUCGUUCGGAAAACGAUUCCCAGAUCGCCGAUUUGGCGAGUUUUCUAUCGUCAAACGGCGACCCAGCGUACGAGGAAGUCCGUCGUAAUAAUCUAACCAAGUGGUCCGAUCGUCGACAAAAUAUAAACGAAUCUCCGCCGGAAUUCAACGACUUCGAAGAUCUGCGAGCGGAAUCGAUCGCCGAAGGUUACGUAACGCCUGCUAUGUCAUCGUACGAGCCAUCUCCGUGCUCUCCCGAUGCGUACGAAAGUAUCACCCGAAGUCUAAAAGAAUUCCACGAAACGUACAAGUGCUCGAUAGACGAAGACGAAAUGACCGCUGGCAGCAGCAGCGGUGGUAACUGCAGCAGACGUGAUAGCGGCGCACCGUUCGGUAAAGCAGACCAGUACAUGGUUAGUUUGCCAAAUAUGGAUAUCGAGGAUAAAGCGAUGCAUAUCGACAGAUUGAUCGUCAAGUCGUUUCGACAUCUUAACAAUCUGACCAAAGUACGAUUCCGCGAGAUGCUGGACGACGAUGUGAUCACCGCCGUCAUGGAAAGAUACAAGGACCAGCAUCGAGAUAUACUUUUCGUGACGCCCUGCAUAACCAAAUGCGUUAUGGUGUUGCAAGACCACGUCGCCAAUUUCCUCGACCCGAUUAAGGCGAAAAACUACGAUUUGAUAUUUUUCGUCAUCAGCAACGCGUCCCAAUCGACUGACGACAGCAACGACCAACGAUCCCAUUGGUCGCUUUUGCUACUGCAUCGACCUCAGAAGACAUUCUACCAUUACGAUUCGAUGCACGGGUCGCACUACAACGCCGCCUUCGAUCUGAUGUACAAAGUUUGCGGAUAUUUUAAAAUCAAAAAAGGAUUUCAGCCGGAAUGCGAACAACAGACCAACGACGCCGAUUGCGGAUUUUACGUCAUACACAACAUGCUGCGAUGUAUCAGGAUCGCCAAAGAAGAGUUGUACGACGAAGACGAUGCAAGGAUUACCUUAGAAGAGCCGUUGAAAUUACACUCGUCUGUCGAUGAAACGAAAUUAAUCGUUAUUAAGACUUACGUUGCUAGUAUCGUGGAGAAGAUUAAGAAUACCACUCUUGCAGAAAAAUUCUAAACGGAUAGAUGAUGAUCGAAAGUGAUUGGAGGGUCUGAUGAGACGAUGUUUGAAUUUAAAUGACGAGUCGAUAGUCGAUGUUGUAAAAUAAAACUGAACAGAUUUGGACCAAGUCAAGAUUUGGUUGUUAUACGAUCAACGAACAGGUAGUAAAAUGAAUUAUUAAAAGCUCAUGAAUAAGAAACGACGAUGUAAAACAAUAUAAAAAAGUCAACUCCCUUCCCUACUCCCCUCAAUUAUGCCAAAAAAACCAAUGACCGAAAAUACAUUUUUUGUGCUACCUA